UGUUGUGCUGCAGAAGCGCUGAUUUGCUUUAGCAGGUUCGUUUGUGGCUCUUCUCUUUUGCUUCUUACCAUUGUAAUCGUUGGGCAAUGUUGGGGAGGACAUUUCGGACACGAGCUUGAGAGUCGUAUCAGAAUGGCAGUCUAAACCCCUCAAAUCCAUCGGGGACAAUUCGAUGAAGCGGAGUGCAUGGCAGGGAGCCUGCUCUAGAGCUUAAGUAGAUCACGUCUCUAGCGUUUAGGGUUUUUUUAGUUUUCGAUACGCGGAUUUGCAGUAUGGUUUUUCGUCGUUUUUACUGAUAUGGAAUUCGCUUGACACAUUCUAUGCAUGAUAUGCAAAAGUUCAUGCACAUAUUGUGUAUGAAGUUCUCUGAGCGUGAUUGAAAUGAAAGUUUUGCAUUGUUAGUGGACUAUUUCUGUAGUGUUUGAUCCUCUGCACACUGGUGUAUGAUUGUCAUUGGAUUGAUUCAACAGGUAUUGUAGGGGUUAGAAUUGACAUUACCAUGGCAGCCUGCUUUGGAGCUAAGCUGUCCUUGAGCUCCUGCUCGUCUGUCAGUAUUCGCGGACCUAAGUCAUUACCCUCCACUUCUAGGAUCAAAUCUCAACACCCCUAUGCUGCUUUCCCAAUCAAGACGGCUCCCUUAAGGAUAGAGGGACAGAGGAAGCUAUGGGUUGCAUUCAAUUCUCUCGAAUCUGCCUCCUCUGUGCAAAAAGAGAAGGAGAAUGAGGCUGUAUCGCCAGAUGGCGCAGAGCAUGUGGGGUUAUCGCAGAGUGCUAAGGAAAUGGUCAUGAGGAAAAUUAAAAACAAAUACUCCAAGGACGAGGACGAGGACGAGAUUCCAGUGCAGGAUGGCGCAGAAGAAGGUGCACCUCUGCAGGUUACACAGGAGCAGGUGAUGGAGUUGGUGAAAGAACGAUACGCUGAGAUGGACUUGGAAGAGGCAGCAGAAAAGUAUGAUUUGGAGGAGGAGCUGUUCGCGGAAGUUGAUUACGCCCAGAUCGAUGCAUUCACAGAUCAACCAUUUAGCGGCAAUCCGGCAGUUGUAUGUUAUAUCCCCUAUGAAAGAGACGACAGAUGGCUGCAAACAAUCGCACGUGAGUUCAACCUUCCUGCGACUGCAUUUUUGGUUAAAAGACGUCACACGAGGAGCGACCUCAAAUCUCAGAUGGAUACUCAGAGGGAUAGUGGCUCUGUGCAAGUCGAUGAAAGCGGUACAAGUCUGGAAGCUACCACCAUGGACGACUCUCUGUCGGAAGAGAAUGAGUUCGACCUCCGCGUGUUUACGCCUACAUACGAGGUUGUCUUUUGUGGACAUGGAACAUUGGCAUCUGCACAUUUAUUGUUCACAUCGGGGAUAGUGGAAGGAGAUAUAGCAGUGUUUCACACAAAAUCGGGGAUUUUGAAAGCCAAGAAAGUGUCUGGCUAUGAGGAAUACGAGCAAUCCUCUGCAGCCGAGGAAUCCGGUGCGCAGAGAAAACCCUCUAGCAAGGGUGUGAUUGAACUAGACCUUCCUUUAGCACCACCCUCUGUUUGUAACGACAUGUCUUUUCUUUCGGAGGCCUUGGGGGGGGUUGAGGUCAAGUGGGUUGGACGAAGCAACUUGGGUGACUAUCUGCUGGAAUUGGAAUCCAGUGAGGAUGUAGUGAAUUUAACUCCCAGAUUUGAAAGGAUGCUAGAUUUUCCUGGUCGAGGUGGUGUAAUAGUUACAGCCUCUGCGGCUGGAAGUAGUGAGUACGACUUCGUAUCACGUUUUUUCUGUGCUAAAAUGGGACUAAACGAGGAUUCAGCAACGGGAAGUGCCCAUUGCACGUUGGGACCAUACUGGGCAUCUAAAUUGGGCAAAACGGAAUUGAAUGCUUAUCAAGCAUCAGUACGGGGAGGCAAGUUUAAAGUUCGUGUUGACGAGGACGCAGGACGUUGUUACUUACUGGGUGAUGCCGUUUUUAUCAUGGGUGGAGUCCUCCUUAAUAGUAAAUAUGCUGGAUACACUUGCUGAACUUAAUCAAGUAGAGUAGAUGGGCCCAGUGAAGUCCGAUGGUCUGUGACUCUUAAACCUAGUUGAUGAGAUUCUGAACCAAGUAGAAUCAUAAUUGCUUUACUGCAGGCCGCUUUAAUCUGGCUUUUACUGUAACAUGGGUUAUUUUUGUUUUGAUGAAAUCAAGAGUGCCAAAGAGUGCGUCUGCAUCUACCUA